UCACAAAGCCUGCCUGGGACAGUGAGACCUUCCUCCUUCGCAGCUGCCUUCUCCCUGGCUCCAGCAUCCGCCUCACUGAGAUCUCUGGUCCGUGUUGCCGUUAAAAACCGUGUGUGGAGCUGGAUCCUUACAGAAGUGAGCCGGCUGGAGAGCUCAGUUGGCAGAAUCUUUUUCAGGAGUGCACUUCACCUCCCCUGGCGUCUGGGCUGCAGCGCGGUCAGGUGCCUCCUGCUUCUUAGCACAGGGGACAGUGACCCUUGGAGGCAAGGGGCCCUGGAACGGAGAGGCUCUCAUCAUUUUGGCAGGACCGCUGCGAGAACUGUCCGGCAAAUUUCACAGACAGAUCGGAUGAAGAGUGCCUAAGAGACAACGGUCAGCAUUUCCUAAGAUGGAGAAGACAGAUGCCAAAGACCAGUCCUCUCAGGGGGAUGAGGAGAAAGACCCUCCAAAGAGCCACCCUUACUCCGUGGAGACUCCAUAUGGCUUUCAUUUAGACCUGGACUUCCUCAAGUAUGUGGAUGACAUUGAGAAGGGAAACACCAUCAAAAGGAUUCCUAUCCACAGAAGGGCCAAGCAGGCCAAGUUCAGCACUUUGCCCCGAAACUUCAGCCUUCCCGACAGCGGGGCUCGUUUGCAUGCUGCUCUUCCCCACCCAAACUGGUCCCCACUGGUGUCCAGGAAGGUGUCGCUGGGAACAGCGGAGCGAACCCAGUCACUGCCGCUCGGCGAUCACCCCCAAGCCUCCACCCGCGGGGGCGAGGGGAGCUACCACCGGAGGGCCCUGCUGGCCGAGACUGCCAGACAGCUGGAGGCUGCGGCUCCCGGGGAGGCUGAGCUCGCCUCCGGAAGCGGGCGGCCCCAGCUUCUGAGAGCAUGCAGCAUGCCAGCCACCCUGCUGCAAAACAGGCCCCCAGACGACUCCAGCCUCAACUCAGGUCCCCCCACGCCUCCCGCCCUGCCUCCACUCCUAGGAGAAGGCAGUGUGUGUGAGGGCACUUUUGGCCCCGCGGAAGGAUUUGCAGGUGUUUCCAACUGCACCUCACGAGCAGCGACCCAAUCAAAAGUCAAAGAGAUCGGAGACGCGGUGCCGGGGAUUCCAGAGCUGGCCCGGGAGAUGACGGGGCCUUCGGUGGGUAAAGAAGAGGCUCCACAUGCCCCCUCUCUCUCUAGCCCUCCCUUCUCAUCCCAGAAUGCACUUGUAGUUUUAGAGGAUGCAAAAGACGAGCAUAAAACCAGAGAAGCAGAGGUGGUGUUUGCCUCUGGCUCCCCAACACCAAGCCCCCCACCUCUGCCAUCACCCAUCCCCGAGAAUGAGCUCCUCCUGGAAGAAAUCGAGCUCAACAUCAGUGAGAUCCCACCUCCGCCACCGGUGGCAGUGGACGUGAGAAGCAUUGGCAUCCGGGUCACAGAGGAAAGCCUGGGCCUUGCCACCCUCGAUCCUGGCAGCGUCUCCAGCCUGAAGCAGCAGCUCUUGGACCUUGAAGGAGCAUUGUCUGGAAAAACUGAGGAGCUAGCCCAGGUCAGAGCUGCCCUCCGAGAGCAGGAGGAAGAAAUCAAGGCUAAGGGGCAGAGGAUCCAAGAGCUGGAGUGCACUGUAGCUCAGCUGGCGGGAGAGCUUAGCCACCGGAACACCAAAGACGCUCAGGGCCAAACUGAUGCCACCGUCAACACCGACCCUCUCCACACACUCUCGGCCAGGGAGUUGUGUGACAAGAGCGUUGGUGUCAACCUUCUGAGCAGCAUGGCAUCUGAAUGUUGGAGGGCCAGAGGAGAAGAGAAUGACCUCCUAUGGGGGCCAGACAGUCACACACAGGGGGACCAGAGCCCAGUAGAGUCCGUGCCACCAUCCCAGCUGUCACUGCCAGAGGGCCCCGAGGCGGUCCUCAUCUCUCCUUUACCAAGCUGCCUCUCCACUGAGCUCAGGAUUGAAGAAGGAGGCUCUGAACAGGAGGGAGACCCUCAGGUGGGAGCGGAGGGCCUGGGCGGGGGAGCAGGGGGCUCUUCGAGGAGCAGCGACAUAAAGGCUCCCCUACCAGGGAAGGAGGAGGCCAGUUCAGAGCUCCCAGGGAAGGAGGGCACGGGAAGGCCACCAAGCUCGCCCACAGAUGCCACCAUUGGGCAAUAUGUUAAAAAGAUCCAGGAGCUCCUGCAGGAACAGUGGAGCUGCCUGGAGCACGGGUACCCAGAGCUGGCCAGCGCCAUCAAGCAGCCCGCCUCCAAACUCAGCAGCAUCCAGCGCCAGCUCCUGAGCUCCCUCAACCUGCUGCUGUCUGCCUACUCAGCCCAAGCGCCACCGCAGAAGGAGUCCCCGCCCGCCUCCUGCCCCCCACCGCCAAUGGAGAUCUCCCCGUCGACCAGCCUUAAAUCCAUAAUGAAAAAGAAAGACUAUGGCUUCCGUGCAGGAGGUAAUGGGACCAAAAAGAACCUUCAGUUUGUUGGGGUUAACGGUGGCUACGAGACCACCUCCAGUGAGGAGACCAGUGGCGAAGACAGCUCCCCAGAGGACUUGUCUGACAGUGAGGCUGAGAAGAAAUGUGAUGGCCCAGAACAUAGGCGGGACAAGGAUGCCCACGCCAGCUGCAAGGGGGGACAAAGCAUCUCUGAGAGCACCUGCGACACAGGCCAGGAAAGAGGACCUGGGGAAGAACCCCUCCUUCCCAAGGCCGAGCGAUAUAAACCCUCUGAAGAAUUUCUUAAUGCAUGCCGGGCAUUGAGCCAACACCUGCCAGAAACUGGGACCACCACCAACCAGCUCUUGAAGCAAAGCUUGAAUACCAUCAGUCAAGAGUGGUUUCGCGUCUCUAGCCGGAAGUCGUCUAGUCCUGCUGUGGUGGCCGCCUACCUCCAGCCUCACUCCCCACACUUCCUAAAGCUGCUUGUCAACUUGGCUGAUGGAAACGGGAACACAGCCCUUCACUACAGUGUGUCCCACUCGAACUUCUCCAUCGUCAAGCUGCUGCUGGAGACAGGCGUCUGCGAUGUGGAUCAUCAGAACAAAGCUGGCUAUACUGCCGUGAUGAUCACUCCCUUGGCUUCUGCAGAGACAGAUGAAGACAUGGCUGUCGUCUGGAAGCUCUUAAGAGAAGGAAAUGUGAACAUACAAGCUACCCAGGGAGGCCAGACUGCGCUGAUGCUGGGAGUCAGCCACGACAGGGAGGACAUGGUCCGAGCGCUGCUGAGCUGCCAGGCGGAUGUCAACCUGCAGGACCACGAUGGAUCGUCGGCCCUCAUGCUGGCCUGUCACCAUGGCAACGCCGACAUGGUGCAGCUGCUGCUGGCACACCCGGCCUGUGACAGCAGCCUGACAGACAAGGCUGGCCGAACAGCUUUGUCCAUCGCUCUGAACCCGCCUGCCCAUGUGGAAAUCGCAGGGCUUCUGCAGGCCCAUGCAGAGCAGGGCAGGGCCCUGGGGCCCUAGGGGCCGUGCAAGAACUGGCAGCCAGGAACAAAGGGCUCCUUCUCUGGACUCCUCCCUCGCCCUUGGAGAGGGCAUGGGUCACAGCCAGAGGGCCGCCCCUCAAGAGGAGAAGCUAUGUCAAAUAUGCACAUACAUUCCCAUUGUAUAAUU